GCCGCCGACCGAGCGUGCACGUUCGACGCGUCCCGGCACGUAUUCCGUCCGUAUACGGUUUAGUGUGUUAUCAGUUGUCGGUGUCGUGCGGUCGCUGUUCCAACCGAUCCGUUUCGGUCGUUCUUCUCGGCGUGUCGCGUCGAGCCCGUCUCCGUGCUAUACCGCGUUAGACCACCACCAUCCGUCAAAGGCGCCUAGUAGUCCGAUGGUUUUCUCGCGCGCCGUUUAACUUCUCUCGUGCGUAUCCCACACACGACAGCCAUGCCGGUCAAGGUGAAGUGGAAAACCGUUUGUUUGGCGUUCCUGGUGUCGGUCGUCCAACUGACCGCCGGCAUGUUCGUGCAGAGGCAUUGCAAUCAUUUGUACCCCAGGCCGGACGAGGUAAUACACGGAGUACACAUUGAAUCACCGCAUAUAAUGAGAAAAAGAAGUGUGAAUCAACCACUGCGAAUUCUUCUCUAUUACGAUGAGAGCGUGUAUAGAUUAACCGAAGAAAAAUUUCAACUUAUAAAUAAUACCAUUCUACCGGAAGCUGUGCGUUUUUGGGAACAAGCACUCAUGGUUCGUAAAACCGAAAACGUUAUUCGACUUAACCGGAAAUGCGUCAACAACCAAGUUUUUUAUCGAAAAGGGGAUCCCCAUCCGUAUUGCAAGAACGCUUGUGAAGAUCGAACCAUGUGCGGUGAAGUACAAGUUCCCGAAGAUCAUUUAGAGGCUUGCAAGACGUGCAACGCGUCGGGUAUGGACUGCGGCACGGGAACGUCCGUAUCGGGCGUGGGCAUCGAGGGCGCGGAUUUCGUGUUCUACGUGAGCGCGAUGGAGACGGAACGGUGCCACAAGGGUCUGACCGUGGCGUACGCGGCCCACUGCCAACAGGAGUCGUCGUUGGACCGGCCGAUCGCGGGCCACGCCAACCUAUGCCCGGAAAGCAUCAGCACCAAGCCGCAAGAGCUCGAAGUGCUCCUGUCCACGGUCAAGCACGAGAUCCUGCACGCGCUCGGUUUCUCCGUGAGCCUGUUUGCUUUCUACCGGGACGCCAACGGGUAUCCGUUGACCACCAGGGAAGACAACGGCAAGCCCAGACUGAACGAGAAACUUCAAGCGAGGCAGUGGAGUGACAAAGUAAUUAAAACAGUCAUCAGGCGUAAUUGGACUGUUCACGGCGCCGUAGUCGACAAAGAAGUACAAAUGAUGGUAACUCCUAGGGUUGUGGAAGAAGUUCGAAAACAUUUUAACUGCUCGACUUUAGAAGGAGCUGAACUUGAAGAUCAGGGAGAAGAUGGCACAGCACUCACCCACUGGGAAAAAAGGAUUUUUGAGAAUGAAGCAAUGACGGGUACUCAUACACAGAAUCCAGUAUACUCAAGACUAACACUUGCACUGAUGGAAGAUACUGGAUGGUAUAAAGCUAAUUAUUCAUUAGCUCAAGAUCUCAGCUGGGGAAAAAAUUUAGGCUGUGAUUUUGUAACAAAAAGCUGUAAACAAUGGAUGGAUAUGAAACGUGCCAAGGGCCAAUCGAUCCAUCCGUUUUGCAAUAAAGUGAAAAGAGACCCCCUGGAAACUGAGUGUACCGAUGAUCGGAGCUCUGUGGCUCUAUGCAAUCUAGUCGAACACGUGCAGCCCUUACCGACCAUUUACCAGAACUUUGACUACAUCCCACACGUAACACCAGGUCGUGAAGCGUAUUAUGGAGGAUCUGUAAGUCUUGCGGAUUAUUGUCCAUAUAUACAAGAAUUUAUAUGGCGAUCAAAAAGUGUGGUAAUAAGAGGAUCACAUUGUCAGUACCCAGAAAAUAAUCCUCAUCCAGAUAAAAACUUUGCUUUGGAAGUAUAUGGAGACAAUUCUAAAUGUUUUGAUCACACUAAUCAAAUGUGGGAAGAACAAACGUGUAAGCAAGUCAGACAAUGGCAACACUGGGGUUCUGGAUGUUAUGAAUAUAGUUGUCAAAACGGAAGACUUCAUAUCAUUGUGUCCAACCAUACGUACACGUGCUACUUCCCGGGCCAGGAACUGGUCAUCCGACUGGUGGCCAACGGUUGGCUGCACAAGGGCGUCAUCGUGUGCCCGGCGUGCGAGGAGCUGUGCGGUGGCGACGGCACCGACGAAAAGUGUAAGCCACCGUCAGAGGUACCGCUCACCGUGCCGUACCAUCGCGAGCAGCUGGCGUGUGGCGGCACGUCCACAAUCAUCGGCUCUACCGCGACCGCGGUCAUCACGGUUACAGUCGUCGCACUGUUGCUUUUGAUCUCGACGUGAACAGAUAAUUGUAUUCCAUUUACUCUCCUCUCUAUCUCUAUCUCUUUAUAUUUCUCGACCCCAAUCUCUUAUAUCGUUUUUUUUUAUUUUUAUUUUUAUUUUUUUUACUAUCCCUUCACCGACGUAUUAUUAUAAGUGUAUUAGUGUCUAAGUGUGUUAUGUGUUUAUGUGAUUAUGUACAUUUUCGUGUGUUAGUACUUUUACUGUAUUAUUAUGUUCCACGUUUAAGAUAAGUCAUUUGGUAUCAUCGGACGCAUCACUGUUUCAAAAGAUAUUUGUUAUUGGACUGUUCAACGCAGAGCAAAAUUUAGUCAGUAUAUGUAGGUUAAGAGGAUGUUUUAAUAGUCACUCGUGGGGUGAAAAAAGCGACCGGAUUUAUGUUUUAUAUAUAUAUUUAAUUUUGACGAAAACAUCUUACUGCGCAAGAAUUCGUUUCCUUAAUUUAGAUCUGCUCAUUUUAAAAGUCCGAUUAAAACUAGUAAAUCGUCACUAAACACUGUGAGUUGUUACGAUUUGUAUAUAAAACAGCGACGUAUUAUACCUGUAAUUAUGUAAGUGUAAUAUUUUCAAUUGAAAUCACCACUCUAUUCGUUUUCCCUUUAAUGAUUACAAAAAAUUCGAUAGCCAAUAAAAAAUAAAUAUAUAAAUAGAUAUCAAAUCAUUAUGAAACACUCAUCUAUCAUUUAUUGUUAUGAUAGUUUUUAUUACAACUCUUUCGGGUGCGUUUUCAAUCGUUUUUCCGCGCAUUCAGCAUUUCAAUCGUUAAACGGCUCUUAUCAAUCCAUUAUAAAAUGUACAGACCAAUUUAAUUUAGUAAAAAUAAUCCCCAGAAUAAUUAUUCUCGUUGUAAUCUAUAUCAAGAAUUAGAAACGGUAGUGGCGCUAAGAUUUUUUAUAAGAUUCGUUUAACUGAUUCGUGGUUGAAGCUGCAGUAAAGAAAAAAAUUACCUUAUUUCCGACAACCAUUAUUCUUUUUAGGUACGUAUGAAUAUGUAACGUAUACAUUCUUGAAUAAAGUGGUAAUUUACGAUAAACAAAUCGUACACGAUUGGCUAUUUUAAAGUAGCUUGUGGUUACAAAUAAUAUUGGGUGUAAAAAAAUGUAAACUUGUUGACAAUCAAAUAGAAAUUUUUAUACAUAUAUAACGUUUGUAACUUAUACGAACAUUUCUCGUUGUAGGUAAUAAAACAUUCCACGUGUUAUUAGGUCUGAUAUCGUUAUAAGUUUUAAAAAUAUUACGCACGCCCACUUAUAUAUUUUUGCUGUGAUAAUUAUAUGAUUCGGUUUAAAUAUUUAUUUUUAUUUUUUUGUGGUAGAAUCAUAAUAUUCCGCUAACAUCGAUUGGUAUUUUGAUUUUUUUAAAUGAACGUAGGCAUUGAAAGUAAUAAAAACGAUCAUCAGUUACUUGAUUCUACUGUGGCGAUGAAAAUGCUCACUAUAUUUGGCUUUAAAUACGGAAUAUAAUGUAUUUUUUUUAUUUACUAUUAAUAAUGUUUUUUUAGUUUGGAAAAAACAAUAAUUUAAAACAAUUGAUAAAUACAUUAAAAAUGUGUCAUUUAAUAGCAUUUAGAUGUGAUGAGCAUUUUUAUAAGCUCUUGUAAUAUUAAUUUACAUUUACAACCAUAUGUUAAUCAAUGAUGUUAAAUUUUAAAUUCGGGCACACGUUUUAGCAGUGCUAAUGAACAACUUUUAAAUUCCUUCACCUCGCGUUUGAACCCUUAUUGAUGUAUUAUCUAUAUAUUGUGUAAAUAGAAUAUUGUUAGAAUAUUUUUAAAUUUUCCUCUUAAUCCAUACUCUUUUACUCCAACCCAUUCCAUCCGUUCUAAUAAUUUUCUGAACAGAGAAACAGAACGGAGACAAACUAUUUUAUAAUGGAUUUUCAACCCUUAGAAAGGUUGCUUUUUUAAAUUCCAAACUUUCAAACUAUGUAAAUGAAAAAAACAUUUUCGGGUGUUUGAUUCGAAUUGGUCUUAAUAAAUGUUCUUCUUUUACUUCUAUUUUUAAUGUAAUCGAUUCAAACGGUUUUUUUUUUUUUUUUGUUGCAUUUAUUUGAUGUUAACAUAUAAAAGUAUUUACAAUAUCAUGAGCGAUUCGUGAUGCAAACGGACAGUGACCAGACAAAAGCUCAAAACAUGAUAUUAUUUUAACUCACACACAAUAAACAUUCCAGUCGUACAUUUUACGUGUUUAUGAAAAUAUUUAUGUUUUAUCUAAUACAUGUAAAUAAAUCUAGUUAUUACGAUUUCUGUGCUGUAAAAGUAAUUUCUUGUAUGAGUAUAAAUAUGUAUGAAAUUGAAUGGAAUAACAGGCCAUCUGCGGGUGGCAGAUUUUUUAUUAGUAUAUUAAUCUUCUCGUCAAUAUUUUUAUAGUGUUUUAUUGUCAUAGUUACCUACAAAUUUCUUUUUAUGUGUAAAAAUAUUAUUUUUUUAGUGCUACAAUAAUAUUUACCAACGUAUUAUUAUUAUUAUUAUUAUUAUGUAUUAUUUCUUUGUUUAUAAGUGUCACUAGACGUUAAAAUGUUAAUAUGUGUUUUAAUUAUUGUUAGCAUGUACUUGGGAUGUAACGCGAAAACGUCCGCGUUGUAUGAAAUUGCUCCCUUUUUACGAAAUAACUGACCACAGCCACUGGCGUUCCACUAAUUAAUCAAUUGUGAACCUACCAUCCCUGCCUCCAAACCUGGAAUCUUUCAUGUUACACAAAUUACAGCGUACUAUUAUUAGUUAUUAAACUAUUAUUAACAUAA